AUGUCUCCCCCACUCCCCUCCUUCCUCGCUGGGUCGAAGCGCACGGAGUCGACAUUUGAGCAGAUCCCGGUAAUUGACUUCCAGGACAUGAUCAGUGAGGACAAGGCGAAGCGCCAGCAACUCGCGGAGAAGAUCCGGGAUGCGUGCGUGAAUGUCGGCUUCUUCUACCUCACCAGUCCACCCGCGUCCCUCUUCCCGCCCGGCCUGCCGGAAUCCACCAUCGAAAAUCACGCCAAGCCCUUCUUUGCCCUUCCCAAGGAGACGAAAACCGGCUGGGACAUCCACAAGAGCGCCAACUUCAAAGGCUACACGGCGAUGCAUGCAGAGAAGACGGACACGGAGGCGGAAGGGCGCGGCGACUGGCAUGAAGGGUUCGACGUGGGGUGGGAGGACGAAGGAAAUGGGAGCGCGGAGACAGAUGCGAAUGGCAGCGCGAUGGCGGGUGCGAAUGUUUGGCCGCCGGAGGAGAUGAUGCCUGGGUUCAGGAAGGGGGUGAUGGAGUACUACCAUGCGACGGUCAAGCUCGGACUGGCGCUCUUCCCACUCUUCGCUCUGGCGCUGGACAUGCCCGAAGACUUCUUCGCGGAUAAGACGACGAAACCCGCGGCGAUUUUGCGAUUGCUGCACUACCCGAACCAGCCGCCUGUAUCAAAGAAGAACGGCGAGAUGGGGAUUGGGAGGCAUACAGACUACGAGUGCUUUACACUGCUCUGGCAGCAGACCGGCAUCACUUGCCUGCAAGUGCAGAAUACUGCAGGCCGAUGGGUAGAUGCCGUACCCAUCGAGGGUUCUCUGGUCGUGAACAUCGGCGACCAGCUUGCCAGAUGGACGAACGACGUGUUCAGGUCGACGCCGCAUCGCGCGCUGAACACGUCCGGGAAGGAGCGGUACUCGAUGCCGCUCUUCUUUGGCGUGGACUAUGACGUGCCGCUAGAGGCGAUUCCGACCUGCGUCUCGGAGAAGAUGCCGGCCAAGUACCCUGUGAUGAAGGCGGGCGACUAUGUGAAGCAGCGGUUGGAGGAGACUUAUGCGCAUUCGAAAGCCUAG